GGACGCUGGCGGCAAUUCGCCUCUGACGCGAAGUCGGACCUCUGUUUCCUGCUGGCCCGCUCCCCCCACACAGCUCAACGUAAACGAACGGGGAGACUUCCCUCCUCGCCGUAUUGUAACUUCACUAUCAUGGCUGGUUGCACCUCCGAGACUGUGCACAACAUUUUUCAAAGCAUGGAGUACGGACCAGCAGCAUGUUCCAGCACUGCCACUGCUCAGGCCUGGCUGGACCACCAUUCCCGAACUCUGGGCCUGUUCAUCGAUGGCAAGUUUGUUCUACCGGCCGACAGACGGAGUCGCUGCUUCGUUGAUUCUAAAGGGGGCACCGUGUGCAGCACGGCGUGCGCCGCGGAGGACGACGUUUCCCAGUGUGCCGCCUCGGCCGUUAAGGGCCACAAGGCCUGGGGGGACCUGAGCUGCUACCAGCGGGCCAAAGUGCUGCUCGGGUCGGCGAGCGCUCUGGGGCGGCACGGCCCGUGCGUGGCGGAGCUGUGCGAGCUGUGCGAGGCCUCCUGCCCGCCAUCCAGCCUCGUCCGACUGCUGCAGUACUACAGCAGCUGGGCGCAGCUCAGAGACACCCUCAUCGCCAACUGGACGCCACUCGGUGUGGUGGCAGUGGUCUCCUCUGAUGACUGCUCUCUCUAUUCCCUCAUGCUCAAAGUCCUACCAGCACUGGCCAUGGGCAACUCCCUCAUCGUUGUCCCCGGUCGGAGCAGCGCCCCCCCAGUGCUCCUGUUGGCACAGCUUUUCACGGGAGCAGGACUUCCUGCCGGGGCUCUCAAUGUCCUAACAGGAAGUGACAUGCAGUUGGGUGCCAAAGUGGCCCAGAGCGCCAACGUCAGCUACGUCAGCUACAGCGGCAACAAGCCGGACGCCGUGUUGCUGUGCAGGGCCACGGCGGGGAUGGGCGUGCCCGUCUCCGUCUCCCAGAACGUCGGCGCCAGGUGUCCCUUCAUCAUCUUCGAGUCCGCAGACAUCGACAGCGCAGUGGACGCGGUGAUAGAGGCGGCCUUCAAGAAGAAAAGAGAGGUCCACUGGGUGUUGUGCGUGCAGGAGAGUGUGCUGGACAGCGUCGUGGCCCGCCUGGGCCACCGCAUGGCGGGGAUGAAGUGUGUGGCCCUGCAGAGCGUCGGGGACCGGGGCCUGGUGGACGCCGCGGUGCAGGGCGCCCAGCAGCAGGGGGCCACGCUGGUUCAGUCAUGUGCGGCCCCCCCGUCAAGUGCUCAGUAUCCUCCCACGGUGCUGUGUGGGGCGGCCCCCUCCUCUCCAUUUGUGGUUGAGCCCUCUCCCGGACCACUGCUGCCUCUCAUGACCUUCAGAAGCAACACAGAAGCUGUGGCUCUCGGGAACCACAGUCCUCACGGCCAGGCAGCCUCCAUCUGGACUGAAGACCUCACAUUGGCUCUGGAGACGGCCAAGAGCCUGUCAGUAGGCUCAGUGUGGGUGAAUUCCCACUCGGUGUCGGACCCCUGUCUGCCCGUCUCCGGUCACAAAGACGGCAGCACCUGCACUGACGGAGGACAGCAGGGUCUGUACCAGUUUCUACGCCCGUCCUCUUCUUCGCACCCUCCUCUUCCUCGCUCCUCCCCUGUCUCCAUGGACUAUUCAAAGUUUGGAACAGCAGCAUCCCCACCUAUCAUUCCAGAGGACUCAGACCCGGCCGGCGCUCCGAAGGUCUACCUGCAGCUUGUUGGCGGUAAGCUGUGUAAGUCGGUGUCUGGCUGCAGUAUAGCUGUGCAGUCACCAGGGGGCGGAGGGGUGUUGGCCCACUGUCCCGACGGAGGCCCAAAAGAUGUCCGGAACGCCGUGGAGGCUGCUGACAAAGUCCAGCCUGGCUGGAUGAAAAAGAGUCCGUCUGCACGCGCUCAGUCCCUCUACUCUCUGGCCAAGGGCCUGGAGGCCAAGAGGCGGGACUUGGCUGCAUCAAUCAAUGUACAGACCGGCCUCUCAAUGGACAAGGCUGAUGAGGAGGUGGAGCUCAGCAUCGCCAGACUCAGCGAUUGGGCGGCUUACUGUGACAAAGUCCAAGGAGGAACUCCGAGCCUGCCACAGUCUGGCUCUGCUCUCUCCUUCCCAGAGGCCCUUGGAGUCGUGGGGAUCGUUCUCCCAGACAACAGUCCCCUUCUCUCCAUGGUGACGCUUCUCGGAGCAGCCGUCGGCAAUGGCAACGCUGUCGUCAUGGUCCCCAGUGAGGAGAAUCCACUACCAGCCCUGGCAUUCAUUCAGGUGCUUCAGUCUUCAGACCUGCCAGCAGGAUUGGUAAACAUCAUUUCGGGAAGAAGGGAUCAGAUGACGGUGGCUCUGGCUAAUCACAGCGUCAUUAAGGCCAUCUGGUACUGGGGCAGUGCUGAGGGCUGCCAGUACCUCCAGCACGCCUGCACCAGCCCCAUGAAAACCCUGCGCCUGUCCUGUCCAAAGGAGGAUGGAGGGCAGGACUGGACUCAUGCCUCCAUCCUGGAGGACAUGUGGAGAAGUGCCGUCCAGUGGAAGAGUGUCUGGAUUCCAACUGCAUAAAGAGACGGGAGGGAGAAUGAAGGAGGAAGGUGGCGGGCUGUUUUGGAGAGCUUCAGUGCGGAGAAAAUGACCUUCUACCUCCAUCUUCUAUUCUCUCAUUAGCCAUUGAACAUCUGCUUAGUUUAUCUAACUAUCCAGAUGUGUCAUGAUGAUGACUUCUCUGUUUCGGUCCUACAAAAAUAAAUCCCUCCCAAACCAUUUUUUCACCUGUUUUCACACAUUGGGUACAGAAAAAGAGCAACAUAGAACGAAGCCCUGGCAAAAAAAUGAGACGGGAAAAUACAUUUUCAGCUUCUUCUCUAGAAAUGUAAACAAAUUCAUUCUUUUUUUACAAUCUACAACCUAAAACCACAUCGGCCUUGGAAUUCUGUCAAUGACUGAACAAAAAGACGCUGAGUCUGAAUCUACUGGUCAUGUGUACAGUACGAUGUACCUUUGUCACUUCAAUCAUACUGUGACCUUUUUUCUGUGGAAGCACACUUGGUGCAAACAUUCCCUCUGAAAACUGGUUUCCAUGUCAAAGGUCACACUGUUUGUAUUUCCAGGGAAAGGCUCUGUGGUGUCUCACUGUAUAAAAACAUGAUUAAAUAUUCACUUUUUCUAUCUGGGGAUUUAUACCCGUAUCUUUUAGUAGUUUGCAGUAUAAUGGAUCCAAAAUACAAAGAAGCCUAACUUGCUGUUGAGAGUUUUCACUGGUCGAGUCCAGCAGACGAACGUCAGCAACAUCGUCCCCUCGGUCAGGUCUCGACUCGGUUCCUUUAUUUCUCUCACUUUCUUGUUCCUCAAUUUUCUCAAACUGGUUUCAACCAGUUGUGCUCUGAGGUGAAGUUUCCGUUGGACGCUCCUUUUGGUCACAGGACUCUUCCCUCGAGUCCGUGGAAUGCUGAGUCACAACAAUGACACAGCAAAAACCCCAAACCUGACACCACUGUUGUGCAAGGUCGACAGACGUGACACAGCGCAAAAAGAGGACGGGUGCUUUGUGAAACGCUGACUCGCCUUAUUCCAAGCAUGAGAAUGUGGGAUUUGUCUAUAUGUCUGGGCCACAAGUUACGCUGCUUUUUAUUACACCCGAUCUGAUAUAAUUAACCUCUGCCCUGUUUCUAGCCCGUCUCCCUCUAACAUUUCUCCUUGAGAUAGGACCUAUCUGUGUUUAUGCUAUUAUUUAUUUUAGUGGUAGUCAUCGCCAGUCAUUAUGGCGACCGUUUGCCAAAUGAGACAAGAGGCUUAAAGUAAGCAAGACCUGACACGAUCAUACGUCAGCACUGCAAACAUUCUUUCUAUAGUUUAAGCUGAUGCAUAACUGCUCCCAAAACCAAUCUGCACGGUGAAGUAAUCUUCACCAGCCACAUUAAAACGGAGAUUUAAAGAUCAGACGUAAUUGUUGGGACCCUUAAUGGUUAAGUGGAAAAACUUUGUCGCUGUUUCACUUUAUUACAGAUGAUGUCUUGAACUAUAUCCACAAGCACUCAAGUGUACAUGAGGACAAACCUCAACCCAAAAUCAAAAUUUGAAACUCAUUUUAGCACCAUGUUUGCUACAGACGCUGACCAAUAACAAUGAAGAGACGUUUUUAAAUUCAGUUAAGGGAAAGACAUUGUUUUAUUUAAGCUCGUCAUCCAAUCUGCCCUUUGUAGGGAGACUUAAUCUCGUGACUUACUUUCACAUUACAGAAAUAUGAGCAUGCAGGGGCGUCGUUAGGCCUAUUUUAUGGGGGCUGAAGCCCCCCUAAAAUGUUCUUCUAUAUAAUAAUAAUAAUUAAACUAUUGUUUCCCACACGGACAAGUUAUUUAUAACUCUAACAUGCUACAUAUGUAUAGUACAUAUGUACAUAUAUGCGUUCUGGUUUGUAUGUUUACUCCCUCUUCAAAUUAUAAUCCAAUAGCCUUUCAUCAUACUUUACGAUACAAACCCCGGGCACUAGUGCCGUCUCUCGUCAACGACAGCCAGUAUUAUAGCCAAGGAGUUCAAAGUAAAUGAUGCACGGAGUGAAAUUGUAAGUACAAGAAGUUACAGAACGUGUCUAUCUGUAGUUGUUAACCAGUGUUACCUGCUUUAGGUUCACUUGAUAUGAGGCAAAUGAAAGCGAAUAUUGUAGUGGGCUAUGUUAAAACUAAGCUAGCUUGCUACUUUGUUAGAAACUGUCCCCAGUUAGUUAGUUAAGAGUGUGAACGAGCGAAUUCGAAAUACAAGAAAUAACUUCCGACAUCUCUCUAUUCUUUGCAUUGAUAUAUCUCUCUAGUAUUCCAAAACAAUAUUAUCAGUCCCUAUAGAAUGUUGUUAUUUAUAAUCAGUUAAUGCUAGUGAAAACUAAAUGUCCUAGUGUCCCUCAUAACGCUAUUGUGCCGGUAUAUCAUCCAAUUCAUUGACCAGAUGGAUAUAAGAACAUUCUUUAGGAGAGGUGGCAGCUCCGCCCCGUCAGAUGACAGAGAGAAUCAGGAGAUUGACAGGGCUGAAGGAGGCGGUGUUAUGGAGGUUAGUGGUCUACAGGUCUAGAAGGAAUUGAGUGGAGUUUUUUUUUUUUUUUUUUUUCUACUGUGGUAGAAAUGUAUAGGCAUUUGUUGUCGGGCCUAGGCUACUCCAAGGCAUAGCCUAAACUGGAUUAUUUUUUUAUUUUUUUUAUGCCAAGUCAUAAAAUUGGCUUCUGGAUUUCGAUCAGUUAAUGUUUCAAUGUUUGAACUUAUCUUAAAGGCUCAUGCAGAAGGAGUGGCUGAGGCAGAAAAGGGAAGCUGCUCUAGUCAGAGAGAGGAAGAGACCAAGCAGCUGCAGCAACUAAUGAUUUAGGUGAAAAAGACACAGGGCCCAGACAGGUUAAGCUGAGGAGUUACCCACAGGACAGCUUUGGUGCUCAGAACAGGUCAUUUCACCACAGCUGGUUUGAGAAGCACAGUUGGUUGGAAUAUUCAGUCAACCAUAAUGCAGCUUUCUGCUUCCCAUGUAGAUUGUUUGGCAAAAACAUCAAACAUGCUUUGGUCAGUAGUGGUUGCAAGAACUGGAAGAAAGCAUUGUUUAUCUUUGGCAAGCACGAGAUGGCACAGACACAUAGGGACAGUGUUGUUGCAUGGCAAAGCUACCAGGCAACUAGCCGAUAGGGAAAACGUUGCACAGAUGAUAGCAUCUGCACAUGCAAGUGAGAUAGUAGAGAGAAGGGAGUAUCUUAGGCGAAUUGUUGCAGUCACCUCCAUGUUAGGGCGACAGGGACUCCCUUUUUGUGGCAGUGAUGAAGGCCAAGACAGCACAAACAGAGGCAACUUUCUUGCUUGCAUGGAACUUUUGAAGGAGUUUGAUUCUUUCCUCCAAAAAUAUAACCAUCCCUCAAAUGCUACCUUUAUCUCACCAACAUCUCAGAAUGAGAUGAUUGAGUGUUGUGCUCAAGAAGUAAACAGUGUCAUUGUAUCUGAGAUGACAAAGUCCAAAAUGUAUGCCAUUAUGGCAGAUGAGGCAAGGGAUGCACGGUCAGAGCAGCUGGCUGUUUGUGUUGGGUACGUGUCAGAGGGGGCAGUGAAGGAACGUUUUCUAGCACUUACAGAGAUCAUGUCGUUUGAUGCCCAGUCCAUUGCAAACGAGCUGCAGCAGCAGAUCCAGAACAGUUGUCUUGCAGAGCUUAAGAGUGUAGCACAGACGUGUGAUGGUGCAGCUGUUAUGAGUGGGUCCACUGGAGGUGUGCAGGUACAUUUUAGAAGGCUCCAUCCUGAGGCUAUAUGUGCAUUGUUAUGCUCAUGAGCUAAACCUGGUGUUGUGCCAUACUUGCAGGGCUGUUUCAGAGGCUGUGGAGCUUUUCAACUUGUUGGAGUGUGUGUAUUCUUUUUUCAGCACCUCCCUAGUUAAUCAUCACAAGUUCCAAGAGGCUCAGUCCAAGCUUGGCUUGACAGCAGUUGAGCUCGAAACUUUCAAACACUCGCUGGGCAUGCCAGCUACGAUCAAUCAAUGCAAUUCUUGAGACAUUACCUGCCAUUUUUGAGUGUCUCUCUGCCAUUGGAUCCCCCAUAGCUGUUGGUCUCAGAGCGAAGCUCUACAAGUUCUCAACAGUCUAUUCACUUCUGAUGUUUCAGACACAAGUUCCUUCAGAAAGAGACUUUAGACCUGGCAGAAGCUUUUAUCAGCAAACAAGCUGUAUGUGACACACUGAGGGACAGAUGUAUUUGCCACAGAGCUGUAUGAGAGAACCAAGUCCCUGUGCCACACCCACAGUAUCCCAGAACCAGAUGCUAAGAAAUGGCGUAAACAGAGAAAAAUUGAGGAUUUUGUGUUGGAAUCAACCUUGGGUUCAGGCACAGAGUUGAUCAGCUCACACACCUUGAUAACAGAGUUGCUUUCCCCCUGUGUGGACCGGAUGGUUAGUGAGCUUGAACAACGCUUUUCUAGUGUAGAUGCAGGCCUGCUAAAAGGCAUCCAGGCAUGCAGCCCUAAAUCUCAGAACUUCUUAAGUGAAUCACAUUUGGAUGCGCUUGCCAAGCACUACAGCAUUAAUCUGAAAAAAGAGGAGGUUCUGGUGGCCAGAAACUUCCCUGCCCGCAAAACAGAGGCUGGAUGUCCACCCCGAGAUAGGCUAGCUGUGCACAACCUCCUAGACUCCGACAUGUUUCCUUCUCUGAAGGCAACCUUUUAAGUUGGCUUAACAGUGCCUGUGAGCAGCUGCUCAUGUGAGAGGUCCUUUGGUGCACUGUGUCGGCUGCACUCGACUGGCUGCGUAAGACAACGGGGCAGAAAAGGCUUCACAGUCUUGCAGCCAUGUCAAUUGAAAGUGACAUUCUAGGGUACUGAGUCACAGCACACUGAUAGACCGAUUUGCCACAAUCAAAAACAGAAGGCCUUCUUUGAUGCUUCCACCCACUAAAUAAUCAUUUUCCUGUCAUUCCAUACAACCCUCUCCCAAUUGUCUGAAAUCUCCUGUUUUUUUUAUAAUUUGAAUGUAUUGUGUGUAUUGUGUAUUUUUUUUAUCUCCCUCUAAUGCUAUCCUGGAUCUAGUCCUAUAGUGUUUUUCUCUGUACAUUGCAAUUCUUUAAAAUAAAAGCAGAGAAAAUUA